GAAGAGGUCUUUGCAGCACUGGAUUUAAGCCUGCCAAAAAAGAACGUCAGGGAUAACAAAGAAAAGUGUAAAUGGAUUCUAGAUCCUGAAUACCAUAUUUCAUUAAUAAUGGAGGUAGAUGAGAUCAAGGAUGACACUCAGCAUGUAGAUGUGGUGCAAGAUGAAGACAAUGAAGAUUACUGGUCUCACAUGGGAAAUGAUUAUAUGAACAACUUUCACUUAGAAAAUUGGGAUCACUGUCCUUCUGCUUCACAUAUAGCCAUACCAUCUACAUAUGGAUCAGUCAUGUGUCCUGAUCCAAAGGAUACACUUCUCAUAGAUGACCAAGGUAUUCCUUACACUCUUACUCCAGAUGGUCAAAAAGUUCCCCAGUUAGAACCUUCUGAAAUGCCAGUGACUGCCUCAGAUGAGACGGGAUCCGCAGAGUCUGACAUUCAGAUGUCUUUGGCUUUUCAGAAUGCAGAGCCUGACCAAGAGUUAUUUCUUCCAGAUUUGAUUUUGGAGGAUUCAUCACAUAGUGUCUCAACAGAAAGCUCACAGGCUACAAUAGUGCUGGAGAAGAAAUCUCCCAAUGAUUCCUCUGUUGAGCCCGGGCCAACUGCAUUGCCACCGAUGUCUACUCUGCCUUCCCUUCCUAUUCAGAUUAUGGCUAGUAAUACUGAUUCAAACACACCCAUCCUCCUCCUCCCACCAUCUCACCUUCAAACACUUACAGCUUCAGCAUCUAAUGCUAAUUCUGAACUUAUGGCUCUGUCGCUACCUUUUGCCCUUGCCUCAAACACACAGUCCACCCCUGUCUUACUUGUUCUUUCAUCUCCUGAAGUGUCCUGUGGAAUUCAAUCUUCCUCAAUUUCAGGACAUUUUUCUUCAGUUUCCUCCCCAUCAUCUGUUGCACUUCCUUCUUCUUCGAGUUCACCUGGCCCUAAACCGGAACCCAUCUCUUGUACAACUGCUAUAAAUCUCUCAGGACAAAAUAAAUCCUGUAAUUAUUCUGCUGCCCAUACCUCACCCAUUGCUUCCUCCAGCACUUCCUCUGUGAACUCUUCAAAUCUGGCUAAGCAACUGAAAACUGAUACAUGCUCUGACAUGCCUACUUCUUUCCAGGAAGCACUGCUUAGAUUAGCUGUAUCUGCUGAACAAAAAAAUGAAAACCGAUCCAAAUGCACUGACAAAUCUUCAGUCUUUAGCUCGUCAUCUUGUACUGAAGCAACUCAGGCACUAGAGGAACAUUGUGACACUGAACAAGUGUCACCCGUCUCUGAGCCAGAGUCUGUCUCAUUGGACCGAACAGACUCUUUAUUAAGAAUCCCUGCUGAAGACCUUCCACUCCAGUCCUCUAUUUCCCCUCCUAGUCCAGACUCACCAGUACUUCCCACCAACCAUUCAAAAAAACAGGAUGCUCAGGCAUUAGGCCCACGUCGCAUUCUUUACUGCCAGUACUGCCCACGGGUUUUCUACUACCUCUCAGACCUGGAACGCCACUCCAUCACACACUCCCAGAAGAAGCCGCACAUAUGCCAGCUGUGCGGCAAGGCUUUCAAGCGCUCCAGCCAUCUGGAGCGGCACAAGCAUAUCCAUACAGGUGAACGGAACUUUGAGUGCCAGCUUUGCCCACGGCGUUUCAGAGAAGCUGCAGAGCUGACAAGGCACCAGCGGGUACACACAGGUGAAAAGCCUUACCAGUGUCUGUUAUGCCAUAUGCGGUUUGCUGAGCGUAACACUCUACGGCGGCACACUAAGCGCAAACAUCAGGGUCAGCAGCAGGAAGCAAUGAACACAAAAGCAAAGCCAGAAACCGAAGGGGUUUCACUUGUUGGUAUGCACGAGCAACAGGAAGAAAAUGCAGAGUGGUAUAUCUCAACGUUGACUGAGAUGGAGUCUGACAAUGACACAGGAGGAGAAUGAAAAUGAAACAUUACAAUGAGGCUUCAUUUAUAUAUUUAGUUGUUUUUUUUUUUUUUUAAAUUAUAUUCGCAGUUUAUUUACUUUUAUAUUUAAAUACUAUAGUUCUCAUUAAGUGUGCAGUGAAAAUGUCCACUGAAAUCCACUUAAAUGGAUUGCUAUAUAUGGCAAUACUUUGGCUUUGUUAAUCCUUUACCUCCUAUUUUUACCCUCAAUACGUCUUAGAAUGUCUUAAUUACACGAGUGCACAUUUCUUACUCUGGUCAAAUGAACCACUUUGCUGUGAAGGUCAAGUAAUCAGAUUUGUUGACUCUUGAUUAGUGCUUUUCCUGUGAUCAUUUAAAAUGCUUCACAAACUUCAUUACCAAGUAAUGUAUCAUGUUACAUGAUGCAUCAAGGCACCUUCAGAGGUAUAGAGUAUAGCGAGAUGUUAAUUUCAGUUUCCUAUUUUUAUUUUAAAAUUGUACAGAUCGUUUUUUUUUUUACUAUUGUGCCUUGAAAUACAUUUCAUCAUUUCAAUUGCUUAUUGCUUUCAAAAGUAAUGCACACUGUGAAGUAGAACAUUUAAAGUUUAUACUCAGCCUGUUAUUCCUACUGCUUUCAAUUUGCUGUGAACAUAGAAGUGUUCUCUGUAUCAUUGAUUGUCGCUAGAAGAAGUGUUAGAAAAAAUUGUUGCUCAUUUAAAGUUUGGGUUGGUAUGUUAUGUUGCAGUUUGCUAUAUAUCAAUAGUAAGAAAUGUAAAUAACAUUUAAAAACAAGUUUUGAUGUGUAUAUAGAUAGUGUUUGCUUGUUUUAAUUAAAUUUGUAAUUACAUUUCUUAAUUUGAGUGUGACUCAAAGAAAUGCACAUCAGCAGAGUAAAUAUACUGUGUAAUAUGUUAAUAUAUUCCCUGUAAAUAACAAAAGAUCAUCCUGGGUCUGAUUGCCCUAGGGUUAAUUUAAAACUCUAUAGUGUGUAUUUCAUAUAUAAUUAGCAAUCUGAAUAUUUGCACACUUUAAUUAAAGCAUGCUUGCUGACCCUUAUCUCUCACUUUAGUGAUUCUCAUGAUCAAUUGUGCAGGCAGGUUAUUCUGCCUUAGCAUCACUGUACUGCAAAUAUUCAAAGCAGUUUAGACAGAGCUGUUAAGAAAUAUUACCUAAAUGACACAGUUGGGGUUGCAGUAUUGUGCAGUACUCUGUAUAUUCUUAAAGGAUCAAUUUUAUUUAUUAAACUCCUUAUACUUUAGACCUGCCAUGGUGCUAUGUAAUAAAAAUGUAAUAAGAGGGGGUGUUGUAAGCUUGUAAGCUUCACAAAUUAUUAUUUUAAAAAGAAUAAGCAAAUUGACUGCCUGUAAAGUACAUGCAGGACGUAAUGCAUUCUGUAUUAAUCAUGUUAACAGAUAUGUGGUAAGAUCAAGCACUUCUAUGACACAAACCACUGGGUUAUAUUCGACACAUGCAUAAAUAUGAGCAUAUGCCAUAGUCUGUCACACUGUCUCAUAUCACAAUAAAAUGCCUUAAAAUAAA